GUCUUUCUUAGGAAACUCUGACCUAAGCACCAUAUCACCAAUAUCACAAACUGUCCAUCCCUUGCUAAACUUGGCCAAGGACAAAAUAAUAAAGAGGACAGGCCUCAAAAGUUAGCUAAUAGCUAUAUAAACAAGUUUUGUUAGGGAAAUCGACGCAGAAUAUAUAUAUAUAAAGCUUCUUAUGCACGCAACAAAAAAGACAAAAAUAGCUGCUUUCUUCAAAUAUGGCAAUAUUUCGUUUCCUCACCACACUGGGACCGCCUCGCAGCAGAAGACGCCAUUAAUUGCAACCUUGUCAGCGCUUGUCAAACAAUUUUUAGAAAUGACUCAGUGUUGUGUGAAAGGAUGUAAAUCGAAUUCACGCAAGAACGACCCCAAAAUAUCUUUUCAUAGAUUACCAAAAAAAUUAAAAGCCAGGGCAAAAUGGAUUGAGAAUAUUGGGCGACGUGAUUGGAAUCCUACAUCAAAUUCAUAUAUUUGUUCUUUGCAUUUUGAGGAGAAUUGCAUCAAUCACACUUUAAAAGUACCGCGAGUGAAAGAUAACUGUUUUCCAACAAUAUUCCCGCAAGGAAUUGGGCGACAUAUAUAUGAACAAAAUGAAUUAAACACAACUGGAUGUUUGUCACAACAGCAUGUAAUUGCAGUGGAUGAAUUAAAUUCUCAAGCAAGUACAUCUAAGGAAUACCCUUACAAUUGAAAGGAAACGUAUUUUCUUCAACAACACAUAACAUUAAAUGGGAUCACUCAUAUGCGUCAUCAAGCACACAGCAGGUCUCAACAGUCAUUAUUCAAAAAAUGAAGGACAAAAUCAAGAUGCAACAAAAACAAAUCAAGAGACUAAAAGAAAAAGUUAAAAGACAAUCAAAUAAAAUUUUUAAUUUGCGAUGUGAUAUAACAACAUUAAAAAAUAAAAGCUUUAUUAAUGAUGAAGCGUAGUCGUUGGUAAAGGAUUGUGCAGGACCAAAAGAGUUUUUGCAAAGGCAAAUAUUGAGAACCAAAAACCGGUCAGUACCAAAAAAGUACGCAGAAGAAAUACGGAAGUUCGCGUUUCGCGUUUCACUUAUGCUGACAAGUUCGGCCAUUUUGAAUGUUCAGUUAAUUGUUGACAGCUGCUUUGCUUGCACGUGUUUUGGUUCGUCUUAGAUUUUUACCUAUUCAAAAAAAUGGAACAAAGAACCUGUAUCAAAUUUUGUGUGAAAAACGAUAUUAAGUGCGCGGAUGCAUUCCGAAUGUUGACUGUGGCAUACGGAGAAGCUACUUUGGACAAAAGCAACGUUUAUCGGUGGUACAAAAUGUUUUCAGAAAGCCGAGAAGAUGUGAACGACGAAGAGCGUGCCGGACGCCCGAGCACUUCAACAAUAGACGAAAAAAUUGAUGAAGUGAAGAAAAUGGUAUUGGCCAACCGUCGAAUCACCGUUAGAGAAAUUGCCGAGGACCUAGGCAUAUCGAUUGGCUCGUGCCAUUCGAUUUUAAUCGAUAAUUAGGGCAUGAGACGGGUCGCCGCAAAAUUCGUACCAAAAUUUCUCAAUUUCGAUAACGCCCCUGCUCACACAUCGCUGCUUAUACGCGACUUCUUGGCCAAAAACAACACACUAAUGAUACCGCAGCCACCCUGUGACUUUUUCUUGUUCCCGAAACUGAAGAGGCCCAUGAAAGGACGACGCUACACCCCGAUUAACGAGAUAAAGACGGCAUCGAAGGAGGAGCUGAACAAGACACAAAAAAAUGAUUUUUUGAACUGCUUCGAAGAUUCGAAAAAAACGUUGGCACUAGUGUAUAAUAUCCCAGGGGGAUUACUUUGAAGGGGACAAAAUAGAUAUUCACGAAUAAAUAAAUAAUUUUUUAAAAUACACAAAAUUCGCGAUACUUUUUGAACACACUACGUAUGUGCUCAGAAUAUCGGAAGAAUAACUAAUUUAUUUAGCUAGGCUGAACAUUAUGUAAGAAAUUUAAAUCUAGCUUCCGGGCAAUAUAUGUAUUAUAACAUCACGCAGAAAAACUGGAUUUAUAAGUCUUUUGGUACUCAUGAACGGUGUCCUAAAUUUAUUAAAAUAUUUAGUUUCAGAAGGUGUUAAAAUAUUUGCCAUUAUAUAAAAUAUCACAAGAUCACCUAGAAAUGUUUUUUUCUGCUAUUAGGUCCAAAGGUGGCUAUAACAAUGGCCCAAAUGCGGUACAAUUUAAGCGGCUUAUAAAAUAAAAUUGAUCAGAGCGCAAAACGGAUAUAAUGGCGUAGGUAGUUGUAUACUUCUUGAUCAAAUUCAUAUAUGAAAUUGUUCAAGUAAAAUAUGUCAAAAAUAUAAAUAAUUUGACUGUUAGGAAUAGCUUUGUCGCAAUUCCCGAAGACAACAUCACUAUCUAAGAUUAUUACUUAACGUUAACGUUUGAUAAAAGUAAAACCAAGGGGGCAUAUUGACAUAUACCUUACGUUGUGUAUUAAAAAUUGUAAGAGACACAGAAAAAAACAUCAAACCACAAUUAAAGUCAGGAACUAAAGUUGAAAAUUACUCUGCAUAUAUUUAAAUUUUUUUAAUAGACAAUUUUGAAUAUGCGAAUGUUUUAGUAUUUAAUGAUUUAGAGAACAAUAGUCAUACAAACUGCUUUUAAAACAAUAAUAAAUAAAUAUAUUGGUUUGUGGUUUAAAUACUCUGGAAAGAAAAGUGCAGAAAGAGUGUCGUCUAGAAUUUAUUUGACAUAGAUAAUUUGUUUAAAAAAAAUAAUAAUUAUUAAUAAACAUUUAUUUUAUCUUA